UGCGCGCAGGCGGACGAGUGGCGCUCGGCCACCUCCAUGUACGACUUCCACGCGCGGGACAUCGACGGGCACGACGUGGCCUUGGAGCGGGGCUUCGUCUGCAUCGUCACCAACGUGGCGUCCAAAUGAGGAAAGACCGCGGUGAAUUACACUCAGCUCGUCGAUCUGCACGCUCGAUACGCUGAGAAGGGCUUACGGAUCCUGGCUUUCCCCUGCAACCAGUUCGGGAAGCAGGAGCCCGGGGACGAGGCGCAGAUCAAAGCCUUUGCGGAGGGCUACGGGGUGAAGUUCGAUAUGUUCAGCAAAAUUGAGGUCAAUGGGGACGGCGCCCACCCGCUGUGGAAGUGGAUGAAGGAGCAGCCCAAGGGCCGGGGCACGCUGGGGAAUGCCAUCAAGUGGAACUUCACUAAGUUUCUUAUCAACCGCGAGGGCCAAGUGGUGAAGAGGUACAGCCCCAUGGAGGAUCCUUCCGUGAUCGAGAAGGAUCUGCCCGCCUACCUGUAGAGCUGCGUGCCGAGCUGCUGCCCAGCACCGCUCCCUGCUCCCCGUGGGCGCCGUCCUGCAGCACCAUGACGGUCUGCCUUGAAGCCAGCUUGCUGGUGAGGCAGACCCGAAGAUUUGGCGUGCACCUGCUGGAGGAAGGCGUCCCAGAGCCGGGGGGCUCUGCUGGGCAGCCCUUUCCCGUAGCCGUAAUGUAGUGUCUACUGUCCACUUGCAAUAAAUCCACUGGAAAUGA